AUGAUUAAAUGUUUCAAAUGUCUUGACAACGGGCCCAGGGCCACCAGAAUGCCUGCAGACGAAGACUAUGGACGAAGACAGAUCCCACAUCAGCAGCAGCAGCAGCAGCAGCAGCAACCAUCAACAAAUCAGCAGCAAAACCAGCAGCAGCAGCAGCAGCAGCAGCAGCAGAAUGCGUCUGCGUCGCCGGUGCCCGUUCAGUGUUCUGCUGGUUGCAUACCUUCACCUGCAGACCAUCGUCGUCUCGCGGCGGCGGAAAGGUACGACGAUCGGUUCGCUUCGGAGCGCUUCGGCUCCGAGCGCAGCAGCUCGGAGCGGCUGCCGUCGGGCGAGAGGAGGUUCCAUCUUUCCAGGUACCAAUACAAUGAAAGGAUCAGCUGCCCCAGGUACCCGGAGCGCUACACCCCGGUGCAAAACGUCGGCAGCCUCGACAGGUACCACCACGGAGGCGGCACCCUCGACAGGUACUCCCGCACCAGCACUCCAACCGACCGCUACCACACCCUCACAGCGGAAAAGGACCGCUACAGCGAGGACCGCUACACCCCCACCGAACGCAGAACCAACCCGAAGAUCAGACCGAAGCAGCAGCAGCAGCAGCAGCAGUACCAGUACGACCGCUUCCCGCCCAUACCUUGCCCAGAGCGCUUCGCGACGCAACCCGAGCGCAUCCAGUACGCGCAGCAGGUGCAGUACCUGGAACCCCCCUCCCCCGCGCCGGCCAGCGACAGGUUCAUCCCCCCUCCACCUUUAUCCCCUGAGAACACCCCCAGUCCCGACUGCUACGUCAACAACGCCUUCCCCUCGCCUACAACCGCCCUCCCCGAGAGGUUUAUCCCCCCUCCGCCGCUGUCCCCCUCCCCCACCGAGAAGCUACCUCAGCAGAGGUACCACAUAGACAGAAAGUACUACAAUUCCUACCACACUAACGCUGGGGAGCGCUACAUACCGCCCAACGCGCACACGCCCGUCGAGAGGUACGUCCCGCAACCCCAAGAGUACUACCAGCAGUACCAACACGACCGCUACAAGUACAACCCCUCCUCAACCGACCCGUACAUGAGGAGAGACCUGGCCUUCCACUACAGACUCCCCUUGCCGUACAACCCGAACCAGUACCAACGCUUGCGGUACGUGGGCACGCCCAACCGCACUGUCAAGUGCUGCGGGUACCAGGACGGGUACCAACUGUCGAAAUCCAGCCCCGGUUCAUCCUCUUCGAGCUCCGUGACGAGUCAGAAAGAAUCCCAGUGCCAAAUAGCGACCCACCAGGAGGAGAAGUCCACGCAGUGCGUCAUAGUGUCGCCGAGUAUGCGCAAGACGUGCAGACACGGCGUCUGCUCGUCGCCCGGCGUGGAGUACGUGGGCGGGGCGGGCGGGCGCCACGUGUGCGCCACGCCGCCGCCCGUCGGCGCCCAGUGCGACCAGCAGUGCUGCCAACAGGCAGCCAGAAGGCCGCAAGCCACCCUUCAACUGUGGCGCGCAUCACCACAGCCCACUCAGCAACCUCAGCAAAUCAUAGAACAACGCCAAACACCGACCCCACAACCUCAGCUAAAUAGAUCAUCAACCCCUGUCAGUUAUGAGCCUCAAGAGCAACAACAAGUUCCGCAAAGAGCGGAGAUGCCCGAGAGCAAGCCUUCAACACCUCCAGCUGCAAAACAACCGAUUCAAACGCAAAUCACUCCUCCUCAAGGGAGGCCUCAACAAAGCCAUCAAAGGGCCGUUUCCAUGCCUGAUGCGCCCACUCCUGAACGCACAAGACCUCAGCAAAGGAUACAGUACUCGCAAAGCGAAAGGGUGCCGAACAGACAGAGACCACCAUUGAACAGAUCGAUGAGCAAAAAGGAGAUCAUCAAAAAUUACAUUAGAAAAGAGACGGCCAAUUUCUUCGGCGUGGACGAGGAGCACGAAGAAGAGCAGCAGUCCAGAUGGCUGGAUCGGAGAAAAAGGAUGGCAUGCAGGACCCUUGGACCUCUCAAAGACGAAUUUAGAAACAAUAUGAACGAUAGGACGCAUAGGCGCACCAUUUCCGAUAGAGUAACGUCGGAAAGAAUCUCGGGACAAUUGGUGGCCGAAAGACCCGACGUUUUGCCCGGACCAAGCGACGCCACUGACGGCUUCGAUCGACAUGCUACAGGGUUGAGAAGAAAAGACUCUGUGGCCAGAAUGACGUUGGAUGGACUCUCCUAUGUCGUUACGACUCUGACAAGAAACAGACCACGGCCGAGAUCGCAGCAGCAGCAGUGGUCCAGAAGCUUUCCUCCGGACUCCCCGCCAGUCAGCCCGCCUUCCUCCCCGGAAGAGCAGAGCUUCUUCGACAACAACUCGAUACCGAUGGCGCCGAGAAGUCCGGAACUGGAGGACGCCGUCGACAGGGGGCGCGGCGAAGCUGGACCGAUGCAACCCUACCGAUCUCCGUCGGAAAGCAGGUUCAGCAGGCCCACUUCCGGCGGGUGGAGGCGCGACACGAACCAGGAAGUGGUGCUGAGGCACGGAGACAACAGAACCAGCGUCGGAGGUACACGGAUAUACUCCAGCAUGUUGGAUCAUGUGCUGGAUAACUCGGAUAGGCGGCAGUAUGGAAUGGGAUGGGUCGGAAGGAUGUUUGGGCGUUCUAUGCGCAGAUCCGUCGCCGCAGACAGAAAAAUUCAGGAACAACUCGACGAUUUGGAAGAUCACCGGCCGAUGUUCACGUAUUGGGUGACCACGGUGCAAGUGCUCGUGCUUCUGAUCUCCAUCAUUUGUUACGGCAUCGGGCCGUUCGGAGUGAACCUGCAGUCCCGCUCGGGGCAAAUCUUGGUCACCAGCUUGUCCUUGCAGCAAGUGGACUUCAUGGAGCCGGCGAACUUCUGGGUGGGCCCCAGGGCGGCCGACUUGAUACAUCUGGGCGCCAAGUUCGCGCCCUGCAUGCGGGUGGACGACAAAGUUUCGCAGCAAAUCGACAAAAUACGAGCCAAAGAACGGGAGACUGCGUGCUGCAUUAGAAACGACGAUUCGGGGUGCGUCCAGUCAACGCAAUCCGAUUGUUCGAAAACGAUAUCGACAUUCAAGAAGUGGACGGCUGGUGAAGCCGGACCUGGCGGCAGAAUAUCGGGCUCUGUAUGCGGCCUCGACCCUAAAUUUUGUGACGCCCCUGCCAGUGUCCACCCCUACGAAUGGCCGGACGACAUCACGAAGUGGCCGAUAUGCAGGAAAACCAACACCCAGUUUUCCACCCAAAAGAAGGCGCCGAGAGACAAACUCGCGGAGCACAUGGUAUGCGAGAUAAUCGGACAUCCGUGUUGCAUCGGAAUACACGGCCAAUGCAAAAUCACCACCAAAGAAUACUGCGACUUCGUUUCCUGCCUGAACGACGUGUGUGGGAUGCUGCCGUUCUACUUUCCGGACGUCCCCGAUCAAUUUUACCGGCUGUGGACCUCGCUGUUCCUGCACGCCGGAAUUUUGCAGCUGGUCAUCACGGUUUUGCUGCAGGUUUUCUUGAUGCGCGAUUUGGAGAAAUUGACCGGAAGUCUGCGUAUCGGCAUCGUUUACAUCGGGUCCGGAGUGGCCGGCAACCUCGCCUCCGCGAUUUUCGUUCCCUACAGAGCUGAUGUCGGUCCAGCCGGUUCCCAGUUCGGUCUGCUGGCCUGUCUGAUAGUGGAGGUGCUGAACGCGUGGCCCAUGCUGAAGAAGCCGCGCCAGGCGCUGAUGAAGCUGCUCAGCCUGACGGCCUUUCUGUUUCUGUUGGGUUUGCUGCCUUGGGUCGACAACUACGCGCACCUGUUCGGCUUCGUGUUCGGGUUCCUCCUGUCUUACGCGCUGUUGCCGUUCAUAUCGUUCGGGCGCUACGACAGGCAGAAAAAGGUGUUCCUGAUCUGGGUGUGUCUGCUGUCGGCGGGGAUCCUGUUCAUCACGUUGGUGUUGCUGUUCUACAUCAUACCGGUUUACGAUUGCAAAGUGUGUUCGUAUUUUAAUUGCAUCCCGUUCACCAGGGACUUUUGCGCCAGUCAGAAUAUUAAUUUCAAGAGGGAGGAGCCAGUGGUAUGACAAAAAUGAUGGCGGUUCGCGCCCUACUUUAUUCACCAGCGAAAUGAAAAAGUGUUUUAUAGUUUUGUGAUACACAAAGUACUAUUGUUAAUACAAAAAACCGAAACAGUGUGUUUUAAACAUAAUAUAUUUCUUAAAAAUCAUGUGAUAAAAACAUUAUAUAUCUGACUAUCUAUAUUAGACUGGGCCAAAAAAAUCAACUAUUUUUUUCGAAAAUAUGGUUUGGG